UACAAGGCAAGUCCCUCUGGCACCCACCUAGCCCAGACCUGCUGCAGCAGCCGCACGCAAGAUCCCUCCAGGUUUUAAGUAAGUGGUUUCGAUUUAAGGGGAUUGGGGAAGGGGCAGCACUGGGCUUGGCUUUCCCCUCCUCUCUCCUCUCCCAAGAAGAGGACACACGAAACGGAGCUCCUCAGUGUCUGGGACUUUUCAGCUUAGAGGCGAGGGGAAAGGGCAGCUUGACAGAAGUUUACAGAAUUACGCAUCACAUUGAUAACAUGGAGAGAGGCUCUUCUCUUCCACAACAGCAGAACUUGCAGGCAAAGCUGAGUGUUGGAAGAUUCAGGACCUGUGGAACUCUCUGCCACAGGAAUGCAGUGGUGGCCGGCAACUGGAAUGGCUUUAAAAGUGGAUUGGGCAUAUACAUGGGAAUAGAAGGCUAUUCAUAGCUACUAGUCACAUGGGUUACGCUCUGCCUCUGUGGUCGGAGGGAAACACGGGAGGGUAGAGGGCCAUUGUGCUUGCGGGUUUGUCGCUGGGAGAUAUGGUUGGCACCUGCAAGGACAGGACUUUAGAGAGGGGCUGGGGGUCUGAUCCAACAGCGUCUUCUUUUGCUGGUCUAUCUAGAUCAAUAUUCCCUCUGUCUCCACAGACAGGCAGCUGCAUUCAAGGGUUUCAGACAGGCGGCACUGCCAAUAAGUCAAGUUAAGAUCCUAGUCCUCAUUGUUCUGAAUAAAAAGCUGUGUUGAUAAGGAAAACAGGAAACUGCCUUAUACGGCACCAGGUCAUUUGUUCGUUUGUCUUAGCAUUUGCUACACUUGAAUGUCAGGGUUUCAGGUGAGAGACAAGACCUGGGACCUUCUGGGUACAAAGGAGGGGCUUUUCCACUGUGUGACGGCCCUCCCUUAAAGGGCAGCUGAAACGGUCCAGAUGUUUGGAGCACCUAUCAGGAAAAGGCAAACACAUUUGGUGGGUUAGUUUGGGGGUGGGGGCAGCUGGGUGAUGGAGGGGAUAGGAUGGAAAGUUGAUAUUAUUAUUUUUAUUGUCUCUCUCUCUCUGCUGGAAUGUCGGCACUGCCGAGCCAGCACGUUUAGGAGAGACCAAUCAAAGCACUGCAAAUCUGCACUGUGCGGUUGUGAAUCUAUGGAACUCACUGCUGCAGGGUUUUUAAUUGAUUUAUUUUUGUGGAUUUUAUUACAUGGUUUUAUGAUUGUGCUGUUUUCUCUGUGACAUAAAUGCAGUAAUAGUACUUGUAAUUUAAUAAUAAUAAUAAUAAUAAUAAUAAUAAUAAUAAUAUUUAGUAGUAUUUUCUGAUAGCUGCUGUGGGGGUACGGCCUAGCACAAAACAGCUGCAGCAUUUGAGAGAGUGAAAAUGGCAUUCCCGCCCCCCAUUGGCUGCCCCCCAACAGGGAAAAGGGACCCACAUCACGGACCACUGUGCUUUCUCGCAGAGAGAAGCUCUUUGCACCUCUUCUCUGUCCAGAAUGGGAAGAUUGAAUCCUGGCAUGUUUAAGAGGGUGCUUUCAGUGUAUGAGAAUGAGCCAGUGCAAACAGGAACUGAGCUGGAAGAGCAAACCACUCCUGGAUUUUGAAAGAGAUAUUUUGUGGGCACCAUUAGAGGGGCUGGAGAGCACACCUGUGGGCACCUAGUCCCCAAACCAGCUUGCCUCUGUGCCCAUGCCUUUCCCCUGGCUGGUGAUUAGUUGGUGGUGGUGGUUACUCAGUUUGGCAAGCAAAAGGCACUCUGCACCUGCCCAGAGGCAUUUUCUAGAUGCAAGCCAGAGUCAAAGGAAGCCCUAAUUUUCUCUGAUUCAGGUCAUCUCCCCGCAGGUGAAUGGGUCUCUCUGAAAAGGGCUGUGGCACUUAAUGCCUAGGCAGGGUAACUGUCGGCUACCCCAGAAUUGGGAUCAUCCUCCUUCACUCCAGAUCAUUAACAAAUUGAAUAAUCCAAGCACUAGACCAGUGUGGCUUCUCUGAGCAAGGAGCAUCUCCCAUGAUCCCUUCAACGUGCUGAGCUGGCAGUCACCAUGGCUGCAUGUGUUAUGUUGACUUGGCUUCGCCAUCUGCACCCAUGACUCAUCUCUGAGCCAGAAGAUCCUGCAAGCGUGGAUCUGUCAACCACGUCGCAUAUUAGAGAAUAAAAGCAAAUGUUCUUCCUCGUAAGUUUAGGGAGCAGGGGUGGAGAGCCUGCAGCCUUCCAGAUGUUGCUGCACUCCCAACCCCUGGCAGCCAGCAUGCCCAAUGGUCAGAGAUGAUGGGAAUCAUAGGAUCAUAGAAUUUAGGACCCUGAGGAACAUCUAGUGCAUAGCUGUCAACGUUUCCCUUUAUUUAAGGGAAAUUCCCUUAUUCUGAAAGGAUUCCUCGCAAGAAAAGGGAAAAGUUGACAGCUAUGAUCUAGUUCAACCCCCUGCAUUGCAGGAAUAUGCAGCUGUCCCGUCGCAGGAUCGAACCUGCAACCUUGGCUUCAUCCAAAUCUGGUGCUUGCAUUUGAGAAUUGCUUUGUGCUCAUUGUCCCUUUGCAAGGGACGAGGGAGGGAGAAUGAGAUGGCUCCCCCUCCCAUUAGAUGCCCUGCCCACCACCCCUCCGGCUUCGGUAGUUAUCAGCCGCCGCCAAAUAGUAGAAUCAUAGAAUCUUAGAGUUGGAAGGGACCCCGGGUCAUCUAGUCCAACCCCCUGCAAUGCAGGAAUCUCAGCAAAUAAUAAUAAUAAUAAUAAUAAUAAUAAUAAUAAUAAUAAUAUUUAUUAUUUAUACCCAGCCCAUAUAUCCAACUCUACCAUUCUAUGAUUCUAUGAACAGUUGAAAGGCUGGCCCAUGGCGCAUUCGCUCUGCCAAACAGCAAGUGACGUUGGUCUCCCUCCUUGACUUGCUUGUUGAUUGAUGGCGAUGUUUUAGCAAGGAACGCUGGCACCCUUAACGCAGGCGGCGGUGACCAGGGGUGGGGCGGCCUCUAAAUCCACCCCUGGAUUUGAGACACUGCUCUUCUUGUACUUCGACAUCAGAUCCAACUCCAUCCGUUCCGACCCACCCCGUGUUCUUGCAAACAUCUCGCUCGUUCCACUGCUCCCCCCCCCCCCCGGUUCCUGUGCACACACAGAGAGAGACGCUUUUCCAAAAUCCCACGGGCAAAGGAAGGGGCGAGGCUCAGCACCGCUGGUGCUACUGGACCAAGGAACUGAAUGAGUUCUCUGUCUGGGCAGAGGGAGAAAAAAGACAGUUGUAAACAGCUCCCCUUCUCCCCCUCCCAACCCUCCGUUCCCAACCCCUUCCUGUUCAGAAAGUACCAGAACCGGCUCUGCUAUUCAGUAAAGUGACACAUCUGCCUCAGGUGGCAAAUGAUAGGGGGACGGUCCCCCCUCCCCCCCUAACUUCACUAAACCAGCUUGCUUUGUAACCCUCCAUGCUAGCCUGUGGCCUGCAGGUAUAGUGUGGGAUAAUGCCCCACUGCUGGUCUAGAAAUAAGACGAAACUGCUGAUCUGGUCAGAUUUUGUACAUGGCAUUUUUUUUGGGGGGAGGCAAUUUUUCCUUUGCCUCAGGGAGCAAAAUGGCUUGGGCACGAUGAGCCACUAGCAAUGUAAGAAGGCAUAUUUUCCCGUCCCACCCUGUGUUUGUCUCAUGCAGUUAGUCCUCUGCCCAAAACUGUGCUGUUUGUAUUGCUGUCGUACGUAAGUUACUGAAUUAAUUUUAUUUAUUUAUCUAUAUUUAUAUUACAUUUGUAUACUGCCCUUCAUCCGAGGAUAACAAGGCAGUUCACAGUAUAUAAACACAAAAAUACAUCACAUAAAUGCAAAGGAAGCACAGGGGGAAAUAAUCAAGUAUCGCUUGCAGACUGAGAGCAGAAAAUUAUAGCAAAGGACUGAUCAUAUUCGCCAGACCAGUUUGUCUUCUGGACAGGGGACGAGUGAGCAAGCACUAGCAAUUUCUGAUCCCCAUUUUGGUCAGAAUUCUCUGACUUCCCUAUGAGCCGCUAAGGAGGUACAAAUCUGUAAGUCGGUUUCCCAUCUCUCCAAUUUUAAAUUCAGCUCUUCACCUUUCUGCAGAAAUUUGCAUAGUUUAACCUUCCUGCGGAUAGGUUGACCAGGAGGGUACAGCGCACAGUUACUCCACGUUGACCAAACACAACAAGCUUCCGAUUUUCGAAAUCAAGCCUAUGGAAGGAUGAUAUCCUAGACGCUGUGUUGUUGGAAAACGACACCUUUCUAGAAAGCUUAUACUGCAGUGAAGAGCUCUGGGUUUUCUCCUCCCUGCCAUUAAUAAUUAGUUCAGACAAUAUAUUAUGGCAGCUUUUGAGGGGUCAACAAGAUAGAUAUCAAUAGGCUAUAAUAGGCCUUUCUGGGACAACUAGGUCCUACUCAGAGUAAACCCAGCGAUGGGUCUUUUCAGAAGUCCGCUCACCUCUUUAAUGGUGGGAGGCAUUGCGGCCAGGAAACCAAGCCUCAAUGGUUGUCCAGCUUAGGGGUGGAGGUACUCUACUUCACCCCUACGUCAUGGCCGGCCAUGUUGUGGCCUGUUUGAACCCAAAUACUUCGUGUCAGUGUGUUUCAUUGUUCUCCUGGGAACUUUGUGGCUCGGGUGCCUAGGCACAUAAUAGGACUUGCCUGGGUACCCCCAUAUAAGUUAUAGCUCUCCAUGAGUGGACUGUACAUUAAGGUUGCCAUAUUUCAAAAAGUAAAAAUCCAGACGGACGCAAAUGUUGUUGAGCUUUUUUUUUUCCAAGAUCUCCAUAAAAAAGUAUGCGUUUUAGCUAUUUUUUAAGGAAAUUCACCUAGCCCAGGAGUUGCCAGUUGCUAAUAAAGAGAAUGUCAGCAAUGGCCAGAGAGCUAUAAUUCUCAGAGUGGUUUAGCAAUCAACCCCUCUUCCUAGGGAACUCUGAAAAUGUUAGUUCUGUGAAGGGAAGCAGGGCCACCUACUAACACUCAGCACCCAUAACAAACAAAAGCUCCCAGGAUUAUUAUUAUUAUUUGGGGGGAGGGAUAUGACUGUUGAAGUGGUAUAGGUAAAGGUAAAGGGACCCCGGACCGAUAGGUCCAGUCGCAGAUGACUCUGGGGUUGCGGCGCUCAUCUCGCUUAACCGGGUCAUGUGGCCAGCAUGACUAAGCAGCUUCUGGCGAAGCAGAGCAGCGCACGCAAACACCGUUUACCUUCCCACCGGAGUGGUACCGAUUUAUCUACUUGCACUUUGAUGUGCUUUCGAACUGCUAGGUUGGCAGGAGCAGGAACCGAGCAAUGGGAUUCGAACCGCCAACCUUCCGAUCGGCAAGUCCUAGGCUCUGUGGUUUAGACCACAGCGCCACCCGCGUCCCUUGAAGUGGUAUAAUCCUCUGUUAAAUGUACGGUGCGCAGUGUGACCGUGAUGUGCCACCAUGCUCCGAUACCACAGGAAUGACUGUGCUUUUCUUUAAAAAACUGAAACCUUUUACAUGUAUUUCAUAAAAGAAAAUAAAUCAAGGGCCAUGCGUAAGGCUGGGUGGAAGUGGGAACAUUCCAGAACGUCGUUCCAUUCUGGAAAAAUGACAAGGCUCCAUUGCACAGCGCCGCAGCGCAAUUACACAAUUACACAACUGUUUGGGGACAGGAAGCAAGAGAGAAAUAUUAGACCGUGGAGGAAUUCGGAGAGCGAUGGAAUGCUGGCAGGUCUCUGGAGCAUCUCUGGUCCACGCCUUAAGCUCUUGCAAAAUCAGCUGCAGUUCUCAGUGGCAAAGGCCUGGGAAGCAGUAGAGAUAACAGCAUACAUUGCCCACUAGUGGCCGAUGACCGGUACUUUAAUGCAAAGCUGGGCCAAACAUUUCACGACCUUUCUGGUAGAAUUUGAUGUGCUUCUUCUUUUUUUAAUUAUUAAGGCCCUUGUCUACUCAUCGAAGGCCAUUUUGUAGACUAUUCGUGGAAUAUCCUCCACAUUCUCUGUUUGCGUGUUGGUGGCGCCUGCCAUUUCCCCUCACCAUUUCCAGUGCAUUGUGGGGGAAUACAAAAUGGCGGCCGGCUUGCCAACUCAGAAGCAGAACCAACCGAGGUGUGCUCAUGUUGGCAAUCUGGAAUUUGCCCUUGGUUUCAUGCUCUGGCUAGUCAUUGUUCGAAAUGGCAUGCAAGCAACCGUAUCAAUCACUACCCAGUGAUUCACUAUGUUGACUGUAACAUAUCCGUGUGGAGAGGCAAGCCCGGAGUAGACCCAACUCCCACACUCAAUGUUGUUGUUGUUGUUGUUAUUUCAUUGCAUUAAUAAGCCAUGUUUCUGCCGAGGCACCCAAGGUGGUUUACAAUUUUAAAGUACUAAGACAAAUCAUAUAACAUGUAAAAUUGGGGGGGGGGCUUUACAAUCUGACUGGAGCAAGCCCUGAUGUUUUCAGACCCCGCAAGUGUCCCUGUUUUCCAGGGACGGUCCUGGAUUUACAGAAUCUGUCCCAGUUUCUGAUUUCUUAACCCUGCAAUGUCCCACUUUUCAUUAGGACGUCCCUAUUUUCAUCAGAGAAAUGUUGGAGAGUACAGAGUUAUGUGAGCCCCCCUGAAUAGAUAAAUAACUAUACAACCCUUAGAAGACAUCUGAAGACAGCCCUGUAAAGGGAAGGUUUAUUUAAUGUUUCAUGUUUUAUUAUGUUUUAUAUAUGUUGGAAGCCACCCAGCGUGGCUGGGGCAAACCAGUAGGAUGGGUGCUGUAUAACAACAACAACAACAACAAGUAAUACUACUACUAUGGAAUUGGACAUCCCUAUUUUCAUUGGAGAAAUGUUGGAGGGUGUGUGUGUGUUUUGUGCCUGACUGCUUCACAUUCUCCUUCGCCAGACCAGAGAAGUAAAAUCUUAGCUGCCAGAAUAGCCUGACGACGAUGUCAUGAGUCCCAACUGCUUUAUAAGGCGAUGGGGCAGGAUGGGGUGGGGGGCAAAGAGAGACAGUAGCAAAUGCAGCCCCACCAAACGAAGGGGCUUUUGCGUGUAAUGGUACCACGAACUCGGAGGCAACAGAGAAAGCCAAGAUGAGGCAGAUUUGCAGAAAGCAGAAUGGAACAUAUCACCACAUGUGGUGGCCGUGUAUCUUUUACACAAAUAUAGUGGAAGGUGAUCAUUAGAAUAACAGCAACAAUAUUGAAAUAUGAAGUUCCCUUAGAUCCGGUAUUGAUAGGGCAGAACUAUAUGUCACCUAUCCUAAAGAAAUAACAUAAGGAACAGGCCUCCUAUCUGCAAAUACCUGUAAGAAUGUUAAUGGCUCAAAACUGGAAAGUUCCAUUACUCCCUUCGUGGAAAGAAUUUCCUAAGAAACUUUGGGAUUUGGCUGUAAUAGGAAGAAUAACACCUAAGAGUGAAAACUGCAAGCGACUCUAGAAAUAAAUUAUGGGGAAACAGGUUGCCCCUUAAUACAAUAUUGUAUUAAGAAAAUAAUGACCUUCCAUAAAAGCUAAUUCAAGCAGUUUUUGUCUUUCUCUUUUUAGAAAAAAAUGUUGUUUUACCUUGCCGUAUUUUAUUGCAGCAUAUUAAGGAUGUGAAGGCUUUUUUUUCUUGAGCAGAUUUGUUGAUUAUUUUUAAUGAUUGUCAAAUGAUUAUAUCUAUUUAAAAUAAACUAGCAGUUGGGGACCUGCUAAUACAGUGGUGCCUCGCAAGACGAAAUUAAUCCGUUCCGCAAGAGUCUUCGUCUAGCGGUUUUUUCGUCUUGCGAAGCAACCCUAUUAGCGGCUUAACAGAUUAGCGCUAUUAGCGGUUUAGCGGCUAUUAAAGGCUUAAAGGCUUAGGGGAUUAGCUGCUAAAAGGCUAUUAAAGGCUAUUAAAGGCUUAGCAGAUUAGAUAAAGGGGGAAAGCGAAAAAAAAAUCUCUAGACUCGCAAGACAUUUUCGUCUUGCGAAGCAAGCCCAUAGGAGAAUUCGUCCUGCGAAGCAACUCAAAAAUGGAAAACCCUUUCGUCUAGCGGGUUUUCCGUCUUGCGAGGCAUUCGUCUUGCGGGGCACCACUGUAUAGAGGAUGGUGAGCAGAGUGAUUGUAGAGUCUGAAACGCCGUAGAGAGCCUGAGUGAAACAGAAGGUGCAUGUGAAACUUUGUGCGGCAAUAGAAACUUUACCAUUCAGCCUUGCAGGAACCUGUAUAAUGCAGUGGUCAAGAGAGAUGUGGACUCAAAAAGGUUGAAAAUCUCUGAUAUAAUGCAAAGAGACUCAGACCUCCCCUCGAUAAGAGUCUCGCUGAGUCUUCUCUGCAAAUCUGAUUUGACUCCUACCAGGCUGCUAGAACCAAGGGCAGAAGUUGUCUGUAUGUCCACCAGCACCUCUUAAGACAGCCAUUUUGAGUUAUGCCACGCUCCCGUGGCAUCCAUUUUGUGACAUGUCACAUCCACGCAGACGCCAUUUUGUGAGCGGCACCCACGGCAAUAGCUCGGAAUUUUAAAAUGGUGCCCUCUAUCCCGAAAACGUUGGCAACGCCUGGACUAGGGCUGGAACUAGGAAACUCAAGGAAGCUAAAAUAUCAUCACCAUUAUGAAUAAUAAUCAUCAUUAACAAUAAAAAGCAGGAAAGCACAUGAGGCCACCAACUUGCUGAAGCCUGGGCCUGGUCAGUGUCUGGAUGGACAGGAACAAUAUGGUUUCUGACAGGGAGUAAAAAGCAGGAUAUAAAUGCAAAUAAACAAAUAAAUGAAAUCAAUACAUAUGAUAGGCUAUUACAAAGCUACUCCUGUGCCUUCAAAUUAGACUACUGUACUGAAUAUUGUAGGGAUGCCGGUGGUGCUGUGGGUUAAACCACAGAUCCUAGGACUUGCCGAUUGGCGGUUCGAAUCCCCACGACGGAGUGAGCUCCCGUUGCUCGGUCCCUGCUCCUGCCAACCUAGCAGUCUGAAAGCACGCCAGUGCAAGUAGAUAAAUAGGUACCGCUCCGGCGGGAAGGUAAAUGUCAUUUCUGUGUGCUGCUCUGGUUCACCAGAAGCGGCUUAGUCAUGCUGGCCACAUGACCCGGAAGCCGUACGCCAGCUCCCUCAGCCCAUAAAGCGAGAUGAGCACCGCAACCCCAGAGUUGGUCACGACUGGACCUAAUGGUCAGGGGUCCCUUUACCGUUACCUUACUGAAUAUUGUGUUUUGUUUUUUCUCUUGUAUACACAAUGCUUGGCUCAUGGGCUGGCGUAGCUUGGGUUUUGAAUGUCUUAUGUGAUUUUUCAGUUUUGUUGUUCUGUAUGGGACAAUGACAAUAAAGAUUAUCGUAUCGUAGGUAAUUAUUUCCCCCACUGCAAGUUCCCAUGCUCUGUUGUUGGCUGGGCUCCGUCCCCAGUGCGGCCAUGUUGAGCCUAGCUCUGCCCCCAUGAGCCGCCAUUUUGCACCAGGCCCCUCCCACCCCAACAAAGAUGAUCCCGCAACUCUGAAGCCUUCCCACGCUUUGCUAAAAAAAUGUGCCCAGCCCUGCCUUUUGCCACACCCCUGGGGUGCCCUCGACAUUUCCCCACACGGCAGCCGACUGAGAACUGCAUCCCCGCCUGCCCUGAGCUGACUUUGCCUCAUGUGUGUGCCCGGGGUGGCAUGAAACAUCGUGACUUAUGCCUGAGAACAAGGAUGCCAAAUCCAGCUCUGGAGGAGGAAAAGGCACAAUAACACGAUGCAUGAUUCAUGGUCUCCCCCUUGCAUCAUUAAUGCCAGGACGGUUUAUUCUUGCCGCAAGCUCCAAGUCUCGUAACCGGACCCGAGGCGUGUGGGUGGGUUGUGGUUUUUUUUGUUUUUUGUUUAUUUCCAGUUGGGCUUUGCUUGUCCCGGCUCCAGGCCCGGAAUCCGGUUUCGGGUCUCCUCCGUUUCCGCAGCAACCAUUGAGGGCAGCGCGUUUUCAUUCAACAAGGGCCCUUUCUCAUCCCUGCGUAACCCAGAGUCAGGUGGGCCCGGAUCCGUCACCCGAGCGGCCUCCUCUGACAGCACCCUUUGUCCGAUAGGAAGCUGGCAGAGACACCCAAUCGCGGGCCCUCCUUAUCGAGAGGAUGGGUUACAGGUCCCCGGACAAUGCCACCGUUACGGCAGAAACCGUACUCGCGGUAUUAAUAGACCGGGCGCAGAGCAAAAAAAAAAAAAACCCUCUCAGGAGUCACGCCCGGCCAACGUGCCGCUGCCGAGAUUUCGCAGGAUGAUUUCGGUCUGAUGCCGGCCUACCCAAAUAUCCUGGGUUUUUUUUGGGGGGGGGGGUUCUUCUUUGACCAUUGGAAGAAAAUUUGAAGACGUCUUUGGAGAAACAAACUCUCUUAACAAAGAGCUGAUAUGUUGGUGCAGGCAAGCAGAAACAGAAACACAUAUAUUACAUGUAGUUCACAGAGUCGAGGACUCCUGGUGAGAGCCAGUGGUAGGAGUUUCAGACUAGGACCUGGGAGAGUUCAGGGUUCAAAUCCCCCCAACUUGGCCCCGUGAAGUUCAUUUGAGGGACCUUGGGCCAGUCGCUGCCUCUCAUCCUGACCUACUUUGCAGGGUUGUUUGGGGGGUUAAAUGAAGAGGUGGGAGGCCCAUGCAUGCCACCUUAAGCUCUUUGGUGUAUAAAUGCAAUUAAUAAAAUAAAACUGUAUUGAGGUAUAUUGUUUACCUGAGGUGUAUCACCUCAGCUAGCAAGGUUAUCAAUUUAGAUAAUUCAGAUAUGACAUCUUUUCUUACAUUUAUCUGCUAUGCAAUAAAAAGGUAAAGGGACCCCUGACCGUUAGGUCCAGUUGUGACCGACUCUGGGGUUGAGGCACUCAUCUUGCUUUAUUGGCCGAGGGAGCCGGCGUACAGCUUCUGGGUCCUGUGGCCAGCAUGACUAAGCCGCUUCUGGCGAACCAGAGCAGCGCACGGAAACACCGUUUACCUUCCCGCCGGAGUGGUACCUAUUUAUCUACUUGCACUUUGACGUGCUUUCAAACUGCUAGGUUGGCAGGAGCAGGGAGAGAGCAAUGGGAGCUCAUUCGAACCGCCGACCUUCUGAUCGGCAAGCCCUAGGCUCUGUGGUUUAACCCACAGCGCCACCCGCGUCCCCAGCAAUCCUAGGUCUACUUACCAAGUAGGUCUUAGAGAAAAGGCGAGGAAGGGGGAACGUGAGAGAAGAGCUGUCCGAAAUUAUGCAUGUUGUGAAGACAGCGGAUAAGUUUUUCCUCCCUCUUGCAUCGUACUAGAACUCAGGCACAUCCAGUGAAGUCGAAUGUUGGGUAGAUUUGGGACAGACAAAACGAAGGACUUCUCCCUAUUCAUGCUCCCACAAAAGGCAACAAUGGCCACCAACUUGCGACAGCUUUAGAUUUUGAAGAUGAUAUUUAUUAAAGUUUCAGAUAAAAAGAAACACAUCAAUAAAAGAGAAUUUAACAGUAAAAAGAAAAAUACACAAUACAAAAUACAAAAUUAAAAAAUAAAAAGAGAAAAAAAACAGUUAAAAACAAUUCUUUCUUUUCAUUACUACUUUUAAAUUUACUUAUUUUCUGGACCUCCUCAUACCUCCAUCUUUUGUAUUCCAAUUUAGUUUAUUUGUCCAGCAAUUCCUUUCCCUCUUUUUUAAUCCCAAUCCUUAAUCUUGAUAUAAUAUAACAUUAAAUUUUUAUCUAUUAAUAACCAAUUUUCCAUUCUUUUAACCUUAUUAUUCCUAAUCCUUAAUCUUAAUCUAUAUAUAACUUUAAAGCCUGUAUAGCUAGAAACCAUUUAAUUUCAAUCCAACAUCACUCUAACAUUCAUUAAUUUUGCAGUAUUUCUGUAAAUAAUCUUUGAAUUUCUUCCAAUCUUCUUCCACCGACUCUUCUCCCUGGUCAACUUGCGACAGCUUUAAAAGAAGAUUAGGAACGUUAGCUUAGCUGCAGCUGCUAAUGUUCUGUCAACCGCAGGAGGGGAGAGUUGAUGUUGUUCGCAAGCCUGGCUUGCAAGCUUCCCAGGGUCAUCUGGUUGACCCUUAGGCCGCAGAGGCUGCUCCAUUAGGGUAAAUGGGUCACUGCCAUGGCUUCUUACUUCCAGGGUGACCCUGGCUGUCAGCUUCCGCCUCCUGCUUAGUCUCAGGGUUGCCCCUGGUAGAACUCAGCAGGGAGGAAGAGAAAGGAUGGGACCAUUGGCUCUCUGGCGCCACCUACUGCUGGGCUCCCUGCCUUCCGCCCUACCAGUUCUAACAGCCACCACUUGAGCUCUUAGGACAGGACACUGGACUAGAUGGGCCUGAUUUAGCACGGCUUUUCAAUGCUCUUAUUGAACUCAGAGUUCAGAGUAAACAUGGAUAGGAUCAGGACCGGCGGUAGCGACCGGCUUCCAACUGUUAACGGAGAAAUCUGAGGGCUCCCUUGGACCAAAAAAAACCAAAAAAAAAAACCAAGGACACCACCCAGGAAUACCAGAGCAAACAGCAGCCAGUAGGCUUGGUCUUUAUUGAAGACUGUCGCGACAGGACUCCCACCUGCCACCAGGUGGGAGAUGGAAGCCCCUCAUCUCGCUUUAUUGGCCGAGGGAGCCGGCGUACAGCUUCCGGGUCCUGUGGCCAGCAUGACUAAGCCGCUUCUGGCGAACCAGAGCAGCGCACGGAAACACUGUUUACCUUCCCGCCGGAGCAGUGCCUAUUUAUCUACUUGCACUUUGACGUGCUUUUGAACUGUUAGGUUGGCAGGAGCAGGGACCAAGCAAUGGGAGCUCACCCUGUCGCAGGGAUUCGAACUGCAGACCUUCUGAUUGGCAAGCCCUAGGCUCUGUGGUUUAACUCACAGCGCCACCCGCAUCCCUAAUCCCCAUGUUACACCCCCCCAAACUACAUCAUUAAUACAUCAUGGUUACAUCGUGAAAGGGGAGGUCUGGUGGCAGUAAUCUGAGCAUCCUGGACCCUGCCCCAUGGUUCCCCUUGCCCUCCACCACACACCUAUCAAGUGAAACAAAAGAGAUAUUUACAUUUCCCUGUUUCCCAGCCAAGUUAAUCCCACCCUUUUGUCUUCAUCUGGGUUUGUUAUUUCUGGAAUGGCUACCUGUCUGGCACUCAGGUAUCAGGAUGCCAGGAAUUAUCACUCAGGCAGAGGGGCUGCUGAGUAGCUGAGCUCACAUGUCUAUAUGAAUUUCUGAAGUUUUCCCAGUGUACAUAGAUACAUUUAUCAGUGAAUUGUUACGUUUGGUAUUGUGCAGCAGAGGCGCUUCGAAUAGAUACGGAGAAACUGUGACGAAGUGUUUUGUGGGGACAAGUCACAAAAGUGUGCUGAUUUUGGUAGUGGGGUGCAUGUGCGUGAUAUCUGCUGGAGGGGCAACCCCCCCACAACCUAUACAUAAAUUCCUGCAAUAUUACAGCAGGCGCUAAGACCCCAGGUGGGCCCACCAGCAGCUGCCCCUAGCACACAUUGGGCAGUUGGGUCUAUGAGCUGCCAUUUCAGUUUCCCAGAAUGCCCCUGAGUGGCCCUGGGGCAUUGUGGGCCAUUAAAACGUCAGGUCCUGGCCUCGCUUUGACACCACUGGUUCCCAGUGAGCCCCUCGGGGCUCCCCAGGUGUGGAACCGCCCCUGAUAGUCUGAGUGGAGGAAGAGAAGUACCCCGACUUCUGCACACUUGAACAUUUGGGUGCCAUGUAGCAUGAGGCUUCCUUUGUGAGCUUUCAAUGUAUCCCAGAGGACAAUUGCGCUCUUUGAUCAGGCCAAGGAGCAGACAAAUAUAGUGGGCGAUGGAGGGAGAAGAACUUCCAGCAGCGGUCAAGUAAAACAGAGAAAUACAUCUGUGAAAACAAGGCCAAAGAUUUGCUUUGCUCUGUUGACCACGGGGGUUGCAGAACCCCAGCCUUUUUCCACUUGUGGGUUUUUGGGGCUCGCACAGGGCAGAUUUUAUUUGCUAGCCUUUUGGGGGAGCGACACAGUUCCAUCAAAAAGCGUGAGGGUUCUCUGGAUCCCGUAUUCGGCAGGGAGUAAAAAGGGGGGAAAAGGACUCCUGUUUGCAUAGGAUGAGAAUUUUUCCACUGUAUUCAGUCAUUCCCCGGGCUUAGUGGCUCCAUCUGGGUGUGGUGGAGAGAAUCCUGCCUAAUCCUGCACCCACCCUGCCCCUUUAAAUUUGGACACUGCCUGCCCGGUGAGCUCCCAGCCAGAUUGUCCAGCUGCCGGUAUCGGUUUCUUCCUUUGGGGGAGGGCGCUGGGAUCGUAUUUAAAGCCACUGACCAGCUAUUUUGGACUCGCUUUGUCAGAGGCAGCUGCGACGCACAGAACUGAGGACAGAAAGAGAGGUGAGGGUGAUGGUUUUGGGGUUGCGCCCGCACAGGUGAGGGUGGGAGGCAGGUGUGGUGGGAGCAAGCGAGGGCAAGGGUUUUCGAAGCCAGGAACAGGUGGCCCCAACAUUUAAACAGCUGUAAAACUGAAAAUGCAAGAGUCUUCUUGUGCCAUUUAGUUGAUUGUAGUUAUACCCCCCCUCGAGGAGUUGAGGAUGGCCAACGCAGUCUCCCCUAUCUACCUUUAUAUCUUCCCAACAAGCCUGCAGUGCUAGUUACAGUGACAGAGUGACUGGCCCAAAGCCAACGAGUUGGCAGAGGGAUUUGAACCAGGGUUUAUCCAGCCCCAGUCCAACACACUAAUCUCUACAGAGCUGUAUGAGCAUGCCUGCCCUUUCCCUGUCGCUGUGCUUUAUGCCUGGGACUCCAGUCCAGAAUGCCAACAUGGCAGAGCCUCACUCUCUUACUUUGGAUCUCUCUUCCUUGAUUCAAAACUCCUGAAAGGUAGCCUGAGAAUACGGGUGGGAAAUUAUCUGUGUACACACCAUACGUUUAAAGCGUAUUCCCUGCCCACCCUCCACCCCCCAAGAAUCCUGGAGACUGUACUUUGCCCUUCACUGAGCUACAACUCCCAGCGCCCUUAAACUACAGUUCCCAGGAUUGGGGGACGUCAUGUGCUUUAAGCAUGCUUCAAAUCUACGGUGUAUUUCUGACUACAGAAAGGGGUCGUCAGGAGGUUUGGGAGAGGUAAAAGAAAGUACCGUAUUUUUUGCUCUAUAAGACUCACUUUUUCCCUCCUAAAAAGUAAGGGGAAAUGUGUGUGUGUCUUAUGGAGCGAAUGCAGGCUAGCGCAGCUAUCCCAGAAGCCAGAACAGCAAGAGGGGUUGCUGCUUUCACGGUGCAGCGAUCCCUCUUGCUGUUCUGGCUUCUGAGAUAUUUCUUUCCUUGUUUUCCUCCUCCAAAAACUAGGUGCGUCUUGUGGUCUGGUGCGUCUUAUAGAGCGAAAAAUACGGUACUUCUUUGUGCGGUGCUGUUAAACUACGGAACUUGCUGCCACAGGAGGCAGCGAGUUGCAUGGCUUUAAGAGAGGACUGGAUAAAUUUUGUUGAGGAUAAGGCCAUUGAUGGCUACACUCUGCAUCCAGACAGAGGCAGCAAAUCUUCUGGAUACCAGUGGCUGGAAACCAUAGGAGGGGAGAGGGCUCUUGUGUUCGAAUCCUGCUUGAGAGCUUCCCAUUAUGGCAUCUGCUUGGCCACUGUGAGAAACAGGACUAGAUGGGCCAUUGGCCUGAGACCCAGAAGGCUCCUGUUCUUAUAGCAUGGGGUAGGUGGGUUUUCCCACCUUGUGUGACAUUUCCGGGCUGUGUGUUAAUGGCUGCAUGCAUGCACCCAGGGAGUUUGAUGGUCAACUUCCAUUCCUCCACAGGGUCAAUUCUUUUAUCGGGCUUCUCUCCUCCUCCUCCUCCACCACCACCGCAGAAAUGACGUCGCAGCUGGAGAGCGCAAUGGACGGCCUCAUCUCCGUCUUCCACAGCUACUCGGGCAAGGAGGGCGACAAGUACAAGCUGAGCAAGAAGGAGCUGAAGGAUCUGCUGCAGAACGAGCUCGGCUGCUUCCUGGAGGUAUGGAAAGUUUUAAUGGGGAAACGGAAUGGAGUAAUCCCUGAGGAGGGCAAGCCUGACUGGCCGGCACAGCGAUACCGGACCUCUCCGCAGCACACAAAUCCGGCAUUGGGUGGAUUUAAACAGAGGGAUGAUGCACAACUUCAUCUGCCGUCAUUCGUGCAUGCCUUUCUUGGGUUCUGUUCGCAUUGCAUGCCAAUGCAAACUGGUUUACUUAUAAAGGAUAGUUCUAUCAGUGCUUCUUUGUCAAUACAGUGAAAUAGAUCUUCCAUGUUCAAGGGUAGUUUGCUGCAGAAAACCAGGUGUUUGAACAGCACCAGGAACUUUCUGCUAGUCCUGUUAAAUAUUUUGGAAUUCUGUUUGUUUGCUAUGCAUUCGGACACAUCUUACAAUAAUGUAACCAAAUUUUGAAUGGGGUUUCCUGAGAUCAAGGAGCAGGUUUUCUGCCUGUGUUUGGAUAUAACUGGGUGCCAUUUUGAAUCAAGAUGGAUUGCUGAAUCCUUCAAAGCAGUGCUCAUUCUAACCAAAUUUUGCAUGAUGGUUCCAGAGAUCAAGAAGAAGGUUUUUCUUCUAUGUUUGGAUGCAGCCGGGUGCCAUUUUGAUUCAAGAUGGCAGGCUGAACCUUUCGAAAAUGUACCGAUUUUAACCACUGUUUUCAAAACCGCUCUCAUCUUUUUGGUUCCCGGGAAUUCCCAAGCAAUGCUGUGUACGGGACUGGUAGCAUACAAUCUCCCUGCAUACAUAAAGAGGUUAGGAAGUCAAAGCACAGCUCCCAUUGGAUGAUUUGUAGAGCAGCAUCACAAUCCUGGAUUUGCAGGAAGUCAGAGCAGGAUAGGGGAGUGGGAGAGAAGGCAGGUUCUUAAAUGGUUUCUAAACAACCGCAGAGUAAAGCAGAGAGGGAGAGAUACAGAGGAGCUGUGAGAACAGGGAGUGGGUUAGAUGGAGCUGUGAAUACAUGGGGCAGGGAGUAAGCGGGGUUGGGGAGCAAUGCAAACAGCAGUAGUAAAACGACACAAUUGUAAAAAAUGAACCCCUUCUCUCCUGUGUUGCAGGCCCAGAAGGACACAGAAGCAGUGGACAAGAUCAUGCAUGACCUGGAUGAGAACGGCGAUGGGGAGGUCGAUUUCCAGGAAUUCGUGGUCCUGGUGGCAGCCCUCACUGUGGCUUGCAACAACUUCUUCUGGGAGAACUCCUGAGGGGCUUGAAGCCCUGGCGAGCCACGGAAGCAGCUGCUUUGCCAAGCCUGGCAUGGCACCCCUCUUGCCGUCUCCUUCCGGGUCCCCCUCCUAGCCUCCUUGGCUUCUCCCUCCAGCCUGGAGGAAAGAGAGCACCUUUCAGUGCCAUGUAAUCGCUCGCCAGACAACGCUGCUUAUUAAAAGCCAUCCCCCACCCAACCC